CCUGGUCAACAUGGUGAAACCCCAUCUCUACUAAAAAUACAAAAAAUUAGCUGGGCACAGUGGCGCGUACCUGUAAUCCCAGCCACUCAGGAGGCUGAGGCAGGAGAAUUGCCUGAACCCGGGAGGCGGAGAUUGCGGUGAACUGAGAUCGCGCCAUUGCACUCCAGCCUGGGUAACAAGAGCGAAACUCCGUCUCAAAAAAAAAAAAAAAAAACCUGGGACAAAAAAAAAAUCACAGCCAGGUGUGGUGGCCUGUGAUCCCAGCACUUUGGGAGGCUGAGGUGGGAGAAUCACUUAGGUUCAGGAGUUGAGACCAGCCUGAACAACAUACUGAGACCCAUCUCUAUUUCUCAAAAAAAAAAAAAAAAAGCAAUCUCUAGGUUGGUUGGGUCUGGACCCCCAAGCCAGUGGCUGACUGCGUGAUCUUGGGCUGGCAGCUUGUUCUUGGAGGCAGUUUCCUCCACUGUAGCAUGGGGCUGAUGACCGUACCCAGCCCCUAGAGUGGCUGUGAGGGUUCCACGAGUGCCUGCGGACUCCCCAGUGCCCUGGCAGAGUGAGCCCUCCUACGUGCUGGUCAUUGUUAUAAUGGUCUCGAUUUCAGAUGAGAAGGAGGGAAGAUUGAGCUGAAGUGUUGAAUGUGGUGUCUUCACGAUAAUCCCACAAGGUAGACAACUGCUUUUUCCAUGUAUAUGGAGGCAGAUAGGUUAAGUAACCUUACCACAAUUGCAUAUAAUGUGGUUAUAUUUCUCAUAAAGCUUGACAUUCAAGUAUUGGCUUCAGAGACAAAGGAAAGACAAAUGAAAGUGUUUGAACAACAGGAGUUUCCCUUCCUUCAAGCCAUGCCAGCCUAUAAGCCUUCAUAAAGCAGUGAAGGCGGAUCCUCCCUCCCCUGGCAGAGACUGAUAAACUCAGCACUCGCCGGAGUGGCUCAUUGUUAGCACAAAAGGUGUGCACUUCCCGCAGGCAAACCGGAGUGGUGAGUCUCCCUGCUGCCCACAUCAAGGCCCCAGGACAUGCAGAACCCGCCUCUAGAGCCCGACCCACCACCAUGAGGUCCUGCCGGUGGAGAUGCAGCUACCUGAGGCAAGGCAUCCAGUGGUCCUUGCUCCUGGCUGUCCUGGUCGUCUUUCUCUUUGCCUUGCCCUCCUUUAUUAAGGAACCUAACACAAAGCCUUCCAGGCAUCGAGGCACAGAGAACAUUAAAGUGAGGUCUCCACAGUCCCUGCAAAAGCCUAAGUCCCAGGCACCCACGAGAGCAAGGAGGGCGACCGUCUCUGCAGAGCCAGAGCCAGAGCACAGUGCCCUCAGCACACACGCCCAGCCCAGGGCCCACAGCGCCGGAGAGGGAAGAAGGGAGGCUGACCAGGCACCGCUGGAAAAGCAGGGCAAGGCGCCCGGUGCAGCACAGAGGGCAGCGUGGAAGAGCCAAGAAAAAGAGAAAACCAUGGUGAACACACAGUCACCCACAGGGCAAGAUGCAGGGACACUGGCACAAUCAUGGAAGAGCCAGGAAAGAAAGAUGACCCAAGGAGAUGGGGGCCAGGCCGGGAAGCUGAGGGCCACCAAGACGGUGUCAGUGAAGCACCAGGGCAAAGCAGCAGCCACCGCAAAGGCACUCAUUCCCAAAGGCUGGCACGGAAUGCUGGCCCCCACAGGGGCAGUGCCAACAAGGACAAGACAGAAAGGAGUAACCACAGCAGUCAUCCCACCCAAGGAGAAGAAAGCGCAGGUCACCCCACCCCCUGCCCCUUUCCAGAGCCCCAUGACACAGAGAAUCCUAAGACUGAAAGCUGCCAACUUCAAGUCUGAGCCUCGGUGGGAUUUUGAGGAAAAAUACAGCUUUGAAAUAGGAGGCCUCCAGACGACCUGCCCUGACUCCGUGAAGGUCAAAGCCUCCAAGUCGCCGUGGCUCCAGAAACUCUUUCUGCCCAACCUCACUUUUUUCCUGGACUCGAGACACUUCAACCAGAGCGAGUGGGACCGCCUGGAACACUUUGCACCACCCUUUGGCUUCAUGGAGCUCAACUACUCCUUGGUGCAGAAGGUGGUGACACGCUUCCCUCCAGUGCCCCAGCAGCAGCUGCUCCUGGCCAGCCUCCCUCCUGGGAACGUCCGGUGCAUCACCUGUGCCGUGGUGGGCAAUGGGGGCAUCCUGAACAACUCCCGCAUGGGCCAGGAGAUAGACAGUCAUGACUACGUGUUCCGACUGAGCGGAGCUCUCAUUAAAGGCUACGAACAGGAUGUGGGUGCUCGGACAUCCUUCUACGGCUUCACUGCCUUCUCCUUGACCACAUCGAUUUAUGUAUUGGGCAAUCGGGGCUUCAAGAAUGUGCCUCUCGGGCAGGACGUCCGCUACUUGCACUUCCUGGAAGGCACCCGGGACUAUGAGUGGCUGGAAGCGCUGCUUAUGAAUCAGACGCUGAUGUCAAAUAACCUUUUCUGGUUCAGGCGCAGACCCCAGGAAGCUUUCCGGGAAGCCUUGCAAAUGGACAGAUACCUGUUGCUGCACCCAGACUUCCUCCGAUACAUGAAGAACAGGUUUCUGAGGUCUAAGACCCUGGACGGUGCCCACUGGAGGAUAUACCGCCCCACCACUGGGGCCUUCCUGCUGCUCACGGCCCUGCAGCUCUGUGACCAGGUGAGUGCCUAUGGCUUCAUCACCGAGGGCCAUGAGCGCUUUUCUGAUCACUACUAUGAUAAGUCAUGGAAACGACUGAUCUUUUACUCAAACCAUGACUUCAAGUUGGAGAAAGAAGUCUGGAAGCGGCUACACGAUGAAGGGAUAAUCCGACUGUACCAGCGUCCCGGUCCCGGUCCCGGAACUCCCAAAGCAAAGAACUGAUGGGGGGCUGGGCUGCAGUGGUCUCCUCUCCUGCUAGUGGGAAUCGAGACUCUGACCACACUCCAGGCCCUUCAGGCGUUCGGGGGGAACACUUGAAUCCAGGACAAGACUCUCCCAAGUUGGCAAAUGGCUGAUGGAGGUUUUGAAGUUCGUCAGUACAUGGUCCCGGUGGAGAUUCCUGAGACCAGGGUUUUUUGUUUUUGUUUUUGUUUGGAGACGAAGUCUCGCUCUGUGGCCCAGGCUCGAGUGCAGUGGUUCGAUCUUAGCUCACUGCAACCUCCACCUCCCCAGCUCAAGCAAUUCUCCUGCCUCAGCCUCCUGAGUAGCUGGGAUUACAGGUGUGUGCCACCAUGCCAGCUAAUUUUUUUUUUUUUAGUAGAGACAGGGUUUUAACAUGUUGGUCAGGCUGGUCUUGAACUCCUGACCUCAUGGUCUGUACACCUUGGACUCCCAAAAGUGCUGGGAUUACAGGCGUGAGCCACCGCACCUGGCGAGACCAGGGAUUUUUUUUUUUUUUUUUUUAAGACAGAGUUUCACUCUUGUAACCCAGGCUGGAGUGCAAUGGCACAAUCUCGGCUCACCGCAACCUCCGCCUCCUGGGUUCAAGCAAUUCUCCUGCCUCAGCCUCCUGAGUAGCUGGGAUUACAGGCACACGCCACCAUGCCCAGCUAAUUUUUGUAUUUUUAGUAGAGACGGGGUUUCACCAUGUUGACCAGGAUGGUCUCGAUCUCUUGACCUUGUGAUCCACCCGCCUCGGCCUCCCAAAGUGCUGGGAUUACAGGCUUGAGCCACCUCGCCCGGCCAGACCAGGGAUUUUUAACUAAAUGGGGUGAUGAGUGAUCAACACCACAGUUCCUGCUGAAAAGCACUCUUCCAGUCCAAAAGCUGCCUGAUACAAAGAAAAGAGCCUGGAUGCACAGAAACAUAUCACUCUGGUUUAAAUUUCAGAUCCAGUUGGCAGUUGUGAAAUCUUAAAGGUAUUGCUUGGCUUCACUACAGAUUGUCUAGAAGAUCUUUCUAGGGCUUAUCUGCUUCUAGAAAGGUCUAUACGUGUCUUUAAGCGAUUUGGUAGCUCUAUGUGUUGUAGAAAACUGGUAAUAAUACAAAUGAUUGUUAUCCAUGGAAAUGCAAAUACAUUUCAUACAAUGAA